AUGAGCCCCGAUACCCCUGGGUUCCGUGUACUGUGCCCCACGAGAUGGACAGUGCGUGCAGCAAGCCAGUGUAGUGUCUUAGACAACUACAUGUACACUGUGUUACAGACCUUGUGGGACACCUGCUACGAGCUCGGAGACACGGAGAUCCGUUCCAGGAUAGUAGGCGUGCGGUCCCAGAUGGAGAGCUUCGACCUCUUCUUUGGUGUCCAUCUGGGUUACAUCAUCCUGCGACAUACAUACAACUUGAGCCGCACCCUACAACAGAAGGACAUGUCCGCAUCAGAGGGUCAGGCAGUUGCUUCAAUGACGGUGGAAACAUUGACCAGCAAAUGCUCCGACGAUGCCUUCUACAAGUUUUGGGUUGACGUCAACAGCCAGCUCGAUGACGUCGACGUAGGAGAGCCAGUGGUUCCCAGGCGACGCAAGAUGCCGAAACGCUAUGACGUUGGAACCGGGGCCCACGAGUAUCCAGCCACAGCACGUGAUUGGUACCGCCCGGUCUACUUUGAAGCAUUCGAUUUGGUGAUCGCGUGUAUCAAGGACAGAUUCGAUCAGCCAGGCUACAAAACCUACAGAUCCCUCCAAGACCUUCUUGUGCGCUGCGCCCGUGGUGGUGACUACGCCACUCAUCUGCGGAGCGUGAUUGACUUCUACAGGGACGACUUCAACGAGCAGGCGCUCACCUCUCAGAUGGAGAUGUACCAGGUCGCCGUACGGGACAAGAAGGUCAAGACCAUCACGGACAUUGUCACGUUCUUCCGCGACUUGCCUCCUGAGUCUCGCCUCUUUUUCUCGGAGGUGGUGCGCGUCCUCCUCCACGUCCUGGUAAGGCCAGCCACCAACGCCACAAACGAGAGGUCCUUCUCCGGCCUGAGACGCCUGAAGACGUACCUCCGGACGUCUAUGGCACAGGGGAGACUCACCCACCUCAUGACGCUCCACGUGCACAGGUGUGCUACCGACGCAAUGGACUUGUUAGAUGUUGCCAAUGAGUUCGUCAGUGUGAAUGAAUCACGGUUAACUAUCUUCGGGAAGUUUUCAUAG